GCCACGACUCCAUGAUUCUGGGAUACUUCCCUUCCUCAUCCUCUGGCAGAAAAACAAACUUGGCCCCAAGUUCCACAUUGCAGACCAUGUCCUUUGGCAGCCUGCAACUGUCUCAACAGAGGAUGAAAAGAGAUGACAUUACUGAGACAAUUUCCCUAUUCUACUUGAAAAUUAAAUGCUCCACUCCUGUCCAAAAACUGUCAGAAAUUGUCAGAAGAGGCAAUUCUUCCCCAUGAAAUGCUACACCUCAGCCAAAGAAGAAAGAAGCCACAAGCCAAGACUCUUCUUUAUUGCUACAUUGUUUGAUUUGGUUACUUCUCUAAUAGGAAUUCCUUGGGGGUUUUAUUUGUUUGUUUCUCUCUUUCGUUCCGCGGGGCGUGCGGCGGCUCCUCCGUUGGGUUCGCGGGGGCAACGGAGGAACGUUCGCGAGCUGCGGCGGUUCCGCAGCAGCAGCAGCAGCAGCAGCAGCAGCAGCAGCAGCAGCGCUUCUCUCGAUCGGUUUUCCGCUCGACUUUCCACUCGCUCCCCAUGCCCCUUCUCCCUCUCACACUCACUCCACUCCCGUCCCAUCCCGUCUGUGUCCCGCCUCUCCCAGGCCGGCUGAUGCCGGAGUACAGCCCACCAGAGUGGAUCCUCUUUGGCUGCUACCAUGGCCAGCCAGCCACCAUCUGGUCCCUGGGCAUCCUGCUCUAUCACCUGGUCUGCGGGCACCUUCCUUUCCACACAAACGAGGACAUCGUCCGGGGCCAGCUCUUCUUCCCGCCCCGGGUGUCUCAAGCUAGUGAGGCGGUUGAUCUCCUGGGCUUAGCUGGAGGAGGUGGCACGUGUGCCUCUGUGCUGCUCUCCUCCAAAAGGGAGGAUCGAUGGGAAGCUUUUGGCUGCAGCUCUGAGCACUCCUACACGGAGGAGAGAGCGCAGCCGAGGAGAUGUUUCCGCUGGUCCCCGGCGAGUUGUGGAGGGAGCGGCUCAGUGCUCCCCGUGCCACUGGAGAAGUGGUGGCAGUGCGGUGAAGGUGCCACGGACUGGAACAGGGGAAACAUCCCCCUGCAGCUCAAUGGCAUCGGGAUGUCCCCGCAAGCCGAGGCACAGCUGGCGUGUUCUUCUGGAGCACCACGUGGAGCUGGGAGCACCAUCCUGGAGCUGGCCGCUGGCGGGGCAAAGCCGAGCGGCUUUGGCUGCGGCCCCUUCCUGGAGGACACGCUCUGUGCCCCGAUGAAAUCAAGAUGA